CGUGACAGUCAGGUGCCCCCUGCACCGCGCAGGCGCACUCAGGAAGUACGGAGAAGUGAACACAAACUGUAAAUUUCUCCGCGGAUUCGGAGUUUUUUCCGCCCUUUUGUGGGUUUUUCGCAGGAAUUAUGUCUCCUCGAUAAAGUUGCGGACUGCUUUAGCUCGCUUUUAUUUCUGUGUCCUCGCAGUUGCUAAUUGAGCUAGCAGCUAAUGAUUAGCUUUAUUCCCCCGUAAAAACAGAAGAGAAACUUCGGGAAAUUGACGCUGAGUUCGGGUUUUUCCGUGAAUGGACGUUGUCUGCAGCCGACCGCCGUGACUGACCCACAGGAGGCUCACGGGGGGGUCUGUUGACUUCAGGAUGCAUGACGCCUACGAGUCCCUGCCCAUUCUGGAAAAACUCCCCCUCCAGAUCGACUGUCUCGCCGCCUGGGAGGACGGGCUGCUCGUAGGAACAAAACCAGGACAUCUCCUCCUGUACCGGAUCAAGAAAGAUGCUGGAACCAACCGCUUUGAAGUCACUUUGGAAAAGUCCAAUAAGAACUUUUCAAAGAAGAUCCAGCAGCUUUAUGUGGUCUCUCAGUACAAAAUCCUGGUCAGCCUUCUGGAGAACAACAUCCACGUUCAUGACCUCCUGACCUUCCAGCAGAUCACCGUGGUGUCCAAAGCCAAAGGAGCCACGCUGUUCACCUGCGACCUGCAGCUCGCCGCCUCGGGGGAGGAGCGGCUCCGAAUGUGCGUGGCGGUCAAGAAGAAGCUCCAGCUGUUCUACUGGAAGGACCGGGAGUUCCACGAGCUGCAGGGAGACCUGGGCGUUCCGGACAUUCCCAAAUCCAUGGCGUGGUGCGAAAACUCCAUAUGUGUGGGCUUCAAACGGGACUAUUACCUCAUCCGGCUCGAUGGCAGAGGCUCCAUCAAGGAGCUUUUCCCCACCGGGAAGCAGCUGGAGCCUCUGGUUGCCCCACUGGCUGAUGGGAAAGUGGCGGUGGGUCAGGAUGACCUCACUGUUGUUCUGAACGAGGAAGGAGUUUGCACGCAGAAGUGCGCCCUAAACUGGACAGAUAUCCCCAUCGCCAUGGAGCACCAGCCCCCUUACAUCAUCGCCGUUCUUCCUCGAUACGUGGAGAUACGAACCGUUGAGCCGAGGCUGCUGGUGCAGAGCGUGGAGCUGCAGCGACCGCGCUUCAUCACCUCGGCGGGACCCAACGUUGUGUAUGUAGCCAGCAACCACUUCGUGUGGCGUCUGGUUCCCGUGCCGAUAGCCAACCAGAUCCGGCAGCUUCUUCAGGACAAGCAGUUUGAGCUGGCUCUCCAGCUGGCGAUGAAGGACGACUCUGACGGAGACAAGAAGCAGCAGAUUCAUCACAUCCAGAAUCUUUACGCCUUCAACCUGUUUUGCCAGAAAAGAUUCGACGAGUCCAUGCAGGUGUUUGCCAAACUCGGCACAGAUCCCACCCAUGUGAUCGGACUGUACCCAGAGUUACUGCCGUCUGAUUACCGCCGGCAGCUGCACUACCCCAACCCGGUCCCCAGCCUUUCCGGGCCGGAGCUGGAGAAGGCUCACCUGGCUCUGAUCGAUUACCUCACGCAGAAACGAAGUCACCUGGUCAAGCAGCUGAACGACUCCGACCCGUCCACCACGUCGCCGCUCAUGGAGGGCACGCCCACCAUCAAAAGCCGCAAAAAGCUGCUGCAGAUCAUUGACACCACCCUACUGAAGUGUUACUUGCAUACCAACGUGGCCCUCGUCUCCCCCCUGCUGCGCUUGGAGAACAACCACUGCCACAUCGAGGAGAGCGAGUACAUCCUGAAGAAGGCGCACAAGUACAGCGAGCUGAUCAUUCUGUACGAGAAGAAGGGCCUGCACCGGAAAGCUCUGCAGGUUCUUCUGGACCAGUCCACCAAGGCCAACUCCCCCCUGAAGGGCCACGAGCGCACCGUGCAGUACCUGCAGAGGCUGGGGGUGGAGAACCUGGGCAUCGUCUUUGAGUUUUCUCCAUGGGUGCUGAAACUUUCACCAGAAGACGGCCUGAAGAUUUUCACAGAGGAUCUCCCUGAGGUGGAGGCUCUGCCCCGUGACAAGGUGCUGCAGUUCCUGAAGGAGGGCUUCGAGGAGCUGGCCAUCCCGUACCUGGAGCACAUCAUCCACGUGUGGGAGGAGCAGGGCCCCCGCUUCCACAACGUGCUGAUCCAGCUGUACCUGGGGAGGGUCCAGAGCCUCAUGAAGCAGUACCUGAACUCUCUGCCUGAAGGGGUUCCUGUGCUGCCUGCGGGGCAGGAGUCGGGGCAGCUGGGGGAAUUCCGGAGCAAACUGCUCUCCUUUCUGGAGGUUUCGUCCAGCUACGAGCCCACCAGCCUGAUCAGUGACUUCCCCUUUGACGGGCUGCUGGAGGAGCGGGCGCUCCUGCUGGGCCGCAUGGGGAAGCACGAGCAGGCGCUCUUCAUCUACGUGCACGUCCUGAAAGACACGUGCACGGCAGAGGAGUACUGCCAGCGGCAUUACAACAGACAGGUGGAGGCAGACAGAGACGUGUACCUGUCCCUGCUGCGCAUGUACCUGUCCCCCCCCGACGCCCACUGCCUGGGACCCAUCAAGAUGGAGCUGUCGGAGCCUCAGGCCAACCUGCAGGCGGCGCUGCAGGUCCUGGAGCUGCACCACAGCAAGCUGGACACCACCAAGGCCAUCAACCUGCUGCCAGCGAACACGCAGAUCCGAGAGAUCCGGGUUUUCCUGGAGAGCGUCCUGGAGGAGAAGGCUCAGAGGAAACGCUGCAACCAGGUUCUGAAGAGCCUGCUGCAGGCCGAGUUCCUGCGGGUGCAGGAGGAGCGGAUCUUCCACCAGCAGGUCAAAUGUGUCAUCACAGAAGAGAAGAUCUGCAGAGUGUGCAAGAAGAAGAUCGGGAACAGUGCCUUUGCCAGGUAUCCUAACGGCGUGGUCGUUCACUAUUUCUGCUGCAAAGAUCGAAGCGCCUGUCCCACUGAGCAGUGAAGCCCGCCGUCGAAGUGGACUCCAGCCACGCUCCACCUCCAGGAGAACGGCGGCGGAACAAGCUGGACGACCACGCUUCUCCUCACGUCCUUUUCUUCACGCUCUCACGCCUGAGUUCAUUUCAACGCUCAAGUCACUGUCAGAGGAACUGUUGCAUUCUCAGCUUUUAUUUUGAAACUGGAAGUCCUUUGUGGAAAGUGAAGUGGACCCCAGAUGGAUGACAGGAAGUGUAUUUAUUUUGAAAUUCAGAAGGACUUUAUGAAAAAGAAAAGUGAAGAUGAACUUGAUUAAAAAAUAAACUGGACAGAGCUUUUUUAUUUUUCCUCAAACUUUUGGAGCCGAGCUUCUCUAACGUCUGCAGCUUUUCCCCGCUGAGGUCAACAGUUCAGAAAUCAAAUGGAAGGAGCCGGAUUUCAAAAUAAAUCAAUGAAACCAUCAA